AUGGCUGGUGCACUGGCGGAAUACAGGCAAAUAACGGAGUCAACUCUGGAGAUUGGCUUCUUGUCGACGAAUGGUGGACCUGGAUGCUCCUCCCUCGCAGGUUUGUUGCAAGAGAAUGGGGGUCAGGCAAAACCAACAGUGAACCAACACAGCUGGACCAACCUGUCCUCCGUGCUUUGGGUGGAGCCACCUGUUGGUACGGGAUUUUCCCAAGGCAUCCCAGACGCACAGAAUGAGGAUGAUGUUGCUGCUCAACUCAUCAGCUUUAUGCAGCAGUUCUUUGAGGUCUUUUCGGUGUAUUCAACAGGUUUUCUAGACAUGCAGUCUCCGAUCUACUUUAACCUAACAGACGUCAAGGAAGUUAUCCACGCGCCCAUGGAUACCGAGUGGAUUGAAUGCACUUUGGUCCAUGUCUUCCUCAAUGAAGACAGUAGCUUACCCCCUGCACUCACUGCAUUACCGAAUGUUAUCGAGAAGAGGCAGCGGACCGUCAUCGUGCACGGACUCGUGGACUUCAUGCACAUUGCUGAUGGAGACAGAAUUGCUAUUCCUAUCGCUGAUGACAGCUUCAUUGUCGAUGGUGUGGGUGCCUAUGAGUGGACACAUGGUUUGAGAGUUUGCGCCAGUAGCCUCCUUCUAGAUUAUGCAGUACCUGAUGGGGUUUAGAGACACUCCUUAGAUAAAUACUUACUUCCCAUAUCACAUAUGUAGUAUCACAGACAAAGUUGAACUGGACGAGUGCCACACCACCGGUACCCUGAAU